AGUAUAUAUAUUUGUGUGUGAUGUCUGCACAUUUCACAAAUUGUUGCACCACAAAUACAUAAAUAUUUGAAAUUCAAACCCCUCCAUCAUUUUAUUUCAUACCAUAAAAAGAAAGGCACCUAGUUUUCAUAUAGUUCUAUACCUACAAAUCCAUGGAUUCUCUUCCUGAUGAUCUUCAAGAGCAACUACUUCUUCAAAGAUGGCCUACUUUCACAGAGGCCAUUGAAGAAGUGAAGGCCAUUGGCAAGAUCUCAGGCCCAACAGCUCUAACAGGGCUGCUUCUAUACUCAAGAGCUUUCACCUCCAUGCUCUUCCUCGGCCGCCUCGGAAGCCUCGAGCUCGCCGCCGGCUCUCUCUCCGUGGGCUUCGCCAACAUCACCGGCUACUCGGUCCUCACGGGCCUCGCCUUGGGAAUGGAGCCCAUUUGCGGCCAGGCCCACGGCGCCAAGCAGACGGCGCUGCUGGGCCUGACCUUGCAGAGGACCGUCCUCCUCCUCCUGUCGGCCGCCGUCCCCAUCUCAUUCCUGUGGCUCAACAUGUACAGGAUCCUCCUCUGGUGUGGCCAGGACGAGAAGAUCUCGGCAGUCGCCGGGAACUUCAUCGUCAUGGCCAUCCCAGACCUCUAUGUACUCUCUCUCCUGCAUCCUCUGAGGAUUUUCCUCAGGAUGCAGGGCGUCACUCUCCCAGUGACGUCCUGCUCUGCCGCAUCUGUCAUCCUCCACAUCCCUUUGAACAUCCUCCUCGUCCGCCACCUCAAAAUGGGGGUGGCCGGAGUUGCCGUAGCCAUGGUCUUGACCAACCUCAACCUCUUCAUCUUUCUCUCCUUUUGUAUCUACUUGUCUGAAAAGUACAGAGACUGUUUUUGCCACGUGGCUGUAAGCAGGGAGUGUUUUAAGGGUUGGUCAACGUUGUUGACCAUGGCAGUCCCCACGUGCGUGUCCGUGUGUCUCGAGUGGUGGUGGUACGAGCUGAUGGUGAUGUUGUGUGGACUUUUGGUCAACCCUAGAGCCACACUUUCGUCCAUGGGGAUCUUGAUCCAAACGACGUCGUUUCUCUACAUAUUCCCCUCGGCCCUCGGCCUCGGGGUGUCGACCAGGGUGGGGAACGAGCUGGGCGCCAGCCGCCCGGCCCGGGCCCGCACCUCCACGAUCGUCUCGAUGGUGUGGGCGUUCGGGCUGGGCGCGGCGGCCAUAGCGUUCACCACCCUGAUGAGACACCAGUGGGCGGGCAUCUUCACCGCGGACGUGGAGGUUCUCGAGCUGACGGCCGCCGCGCUGCCGAUUGUCGGGCUCUGCGAGCUCGGCAACUGCCCGCAGACGACCGGGUGCGGGGUCCUCAGGGGGACCGCGAGGCCGGCCGUCGGGGCGAACAUAAACCUCGGCUCGUUCUACGCGGUGGGGAUGCCGGUGGCGGUGGUCUUGGGCUUCGCGACGAAGAUGGGCUUCGCGGGGCUGUGGCUGGGCCUGCUGGCGGCGGAGGCGUCCUGCGCCGCCCUCAUGCUCAUCGUGCUGUGGAGAACUGACUGGAAAGUUCAAGUGGAAAGAGCUAAACAAUUAACAAAUCAGUCUUCAUCGUCCUCUUCAUCAUCAACGCUUGAUGAUGAUCAUCCUAUUAUGAUGAACACAGGAGAAAAAGAGGUGUACAAAAGGUUGUGUGAUGAAGAGGCUUUGGUCAGGAAAGCAGGGCUUAAGGUCACUUGCUUUUGUAAUGUGUGGGUGGGUGUAAAAAGUAUUCGAGAUGUGGUCAGUGAUCCAGAGAUGGCUGAGUUGAAGCGUUCUGCAUUUGGAAAUUUCUUCAAGUUUGGGGGAAUAAAGUAUGUGAAUGGUCAGCUGUUGAAGAUGGCUGAGUUUCUGAUGAUGGGGUGCGAUGUGGGGGAUAUGGAUGAACACGAAAUUGUUGCAUACAGGAAGAAGAUGACUGUGGAGUUAUUAGCAUACCCUGCCGUCUAGGCUUAAUGACUUGUUGUUGCUUGAGAAUAAUGCCCUAGUCGAAGUCCUGUUUUAUUGAUAAUAUGCAUGUAGUAUCCAGACUUUUGUUGGUGAAAUUAGACAAUCCAAUCAUGAGGUCGUAUUUUGAUUAAAUUUGUUGAAUGUAUUUGACAAGUUAUGGACAUGCAUGAUUUGAAAAAUAUUCAAAUAUGGUUUUUUAAUAUAAGUACUUAGCGUAU